AUGACAUUCGGGAAUAUUCGUUUUCAGUCCGCCGAGCAUGAACGAAUCGGGGACAAUGUCUGGCUCAAAUACCCAGAAGAGAAAAUUAUGUCUGGUAAAGAAUUUGCGUAUCCAGUCGAUAAGACAGUGCUGUCUUACGGACUUAUCUGUGCCCUUGCGGGAGAUUUCUAUGGAAACUGCAAGGUCAUAGGAGAUGCCGAGCAAAUCAGCGACAACUGGGAUGCGGAUGAAAAACGAUCUAUAGAUCUGUUCCUUGCCAACACGAAGAGGCUUGCAACUAACACUGGUGGGUAUCUGAGGAGCAUCCUGGAGCAUAUGAAAGGUCAGACACAAGAAGUCGUCGCUGCAGAGCAAAUAGGGAAAGACCCGGCUCAGGCAUAUUCAGAAUGCUCCUACAAGUACGACCUGCUGUAUUUCUGGUGCACUAAUUGGGACUAUGUUCUGCUCGCACUCUCCAACUUUGACCAUUUUGGGGAGGACGCGGUGAAAGCGUACAAGGCAGGCCACAAAGCCGCUCUGAGACAAGCAAGAGCAGCAGGGAGAGAGUCGGACACGAAAAAGAAAAUCAAGGCCCUCACAGAAUCAUACUUCUUGGAAGCUUUUGCCGCCCAUUUCCUGACAGAUCUGUUCUCGGCGGGCCAUAUGAGAACUCCCAGGCGCAUCCUUCAUAAAACUUACACUGGCAGUACCAAGGCCGAAGAACCCACCAUGGAACAUGAGAGAUUUGUGUUUCCAAAGCCCUGGCCAGCGGAUCUCUGUGCCCAAGCAAUGCAUGACGAGGACUGCGCAAAUGGGCUGUGGGUCACCAAUAAACUUGGAGAACAGUGGGCAGCGUAUGGAGAUGGUCAGCUCUUUUCUCCCAAAAAUAACACCGGUUACGAACGGGCUCUGGCUGCGGUGCAGAAAGGGGCGGACGAGAUCUGGAGCGCCUUUGACACGAGGGAUACAAAGGACUGUUUUGGAGCUCUUGAUAUGAUACCGUUCCUUGAUGAGGCCAAUGCAUUCAGCAACUUUGCUCCUUUGUUUAAGGUUGAUCCGGCUGAUAAAACCAAGGUUCUGUUUCGAAAGGAUCUGGAUUCUAGGGGCCAAGCUUCAUUCACCACCUUGAACACUGCAAAUGUCAGUUGGCGCCAGAUCCUAAAUCAAAUAGAGGAGUCGGGACCAUGCAAAAACCAGCGACCGCUUUCAUUACCACUAAUGACACCGUCCAGUCUCCUACAGCUUCGCUUCUGUGGAGACUUCGGGAAGUUCAUCAUCGCCAAAUACGGACCGGUAUUUUCAAAAGCCCCCGAUCGGGAAGAUAGGGUGGAGUCGUGGAAUAUGCUAUCCCAACACAAUGUCAGUCUAAGAAACAAAAAUUUGGAGACUAACUGGACCUCGGUAGAGAGGAUUGACGACACAGUUUAUGCCCUCUCUGGACUGGGCCACAACAACUAUCACCAUGUGGGAAUCGAAAUUCACUCCGACGGCACACGAACCCCCAGGCUCCUUUGGGAUGUACUAAUGGAGAGUUCGGGGAGUGCUCUGCCUAUGCUAACCUGCUACGGAGAGUUCAGCCUUGAUGGUCAGACCACUAUGGUCACAUACUGGUGCGCAGAAUCUCGCCAUGUACUAGAAGUUCGGCCGCUGAGUGGAGACACUGGUCCAACGCCGGUUCCAUCGACAGUAUUGGCUCUCGAUGGCCAAUUAUAUUCCAUGUUUCGAUUAAGGGGUGAUGAGACAAGUUCCGACACUCUGGUAACGAUUUGUAUUAGCAAUUCCGCUACCGUAUGGAACUUCAUAACCUGGCCAAAUGGUUAUCAGAACUCCCCACAACGCAAGACACACCUAGAAUCUGGCCGGGUUCGUCCUGCACAGAAGAUUCUCCCUCUAAAUGUUAGUGGGAGUUCGGGUUCCAGGUUUUUGAUCCGCAUGUUCUGCGGGGAAAGGAAUGGAUCCGUACAGCUCGACGUGCUAGAAGUGCACCUCGAAAGCAAUGACCCAUACGUACAAUAUAAGUUCACGCGCGAUUACUCCCUCAGCUGGCAUCAAGCAAACUCAACAAUCGACUUCCCAGAGCAGUAUCUCACAUGGCUACUAGCCGAUAUAAACGGUAACGGCAGACCCGAUUUGGUCAGCCUAGUGAACGCAGGCAUGGGGCUUGGAGUUGUUGUUUUCCCUGGACUUGACGAGUUCGCGUUUGGCAGUCCUCAGACGAGCGUCAUCAGCUCAGACAAAGGCCGUCUCUUCAACGCAAGUUUUAUGAAGCCGGUCUAUGCCGCCCAGGCCCGGUACAGGUUCUCAGCAGAACCAAGGACAUGCGUCUCUGAUGGAGCUAUACUGCAAGUCUUUGACAACUAUGGUAUCUUGGGCAUCAGGCUUGUAGCACCGCUGGUCCCGCAGGGCUCUUAUGCUUACGAAGCAAAAGGGCAAACCCCUGCUGUUGCGGGACAACUUUCAUGUGGUUUGGGAACAAAGCCGGGGUCGAGCUUUGAGACAUUGGGAUUCUUUAUCAUGUAA